AAGAAAAACACCUUCAGCUGCUUGUCUGCCAAGGGAAACGGGGAUAGCACACUGACCUUGGCAUGCAAGACUUUGGUCAAAGUUUGUUGGCUAAUCCUGGAGGAAUUUGCACGAAAAAAGAGAAGCAAACUUUGAUGUCUUCUGGUAUUUUUGUCACCAGCUUCGAAAAGAUCUGAGGAUGCUAAAAAGUGUCUUUUGUGAACCUGAAUAUGAGGAAAGUAUCAAAUUCAACUAAAGACUUUGGCUGCUGUUGCUGACCAUUACUUAAGGCUUGAAGUGUACAGCUUCCAAAACAUGGCAUUGAACCAAAUUCAAUUGAUUAAGGGCAUAGAGGAUGUGACACUGUGUGAGAAGGAGCCCUGUACAUUUGAAGUGGUUUUGAGUCAUGCAUACGUCCAGGGUCAGUGGACCAGAGAUGGUGUCCCUCUCAAAUCAAAGCCUGUGUGUCGAAUUGCCACACGGGGGAAAACGCACACGCUCACGCUGUCAAGGGUCACGACUGCGGACGCAGGCCUGAUCAGUUUUAUGGCUGAGGGGAUUGAAACCUCUGCUAUGCUCACGGUCACAGCCAGAGACAUAAAGAUUGUGACCGAUCUUCAAGAUGCCAGUGUGACCGAAAGGGAGAGGGUGACGUUUGUCUGUGAGGUCAACUUUGAAGAUGUGGAUGGGAAGUGGUACAAAGAUGACAGCCGUCUGAGAGCUGGGGACAAUGUUAAAAUGAGAUGUGAGGGUAAAGUGCACAGUCUAACAUAUAAAUCAGUAAAGCCUGAAGAUGCAGGUGAGAUCACAUUCACAGCAGAAAGAGUCUCCUCAACAGCGAUCCUACGUGUAAAAGAGCUUCCAGUUCAGUUCGUCAAGCCUUUGAGGGUGAAGAUCGCUAUGUACAAACACCGCGCCUUACUGGAGUGUCAGGUGUCACGUGUCAGUGCUGUGGUUAAAUGGUACAAACGAAAUCUGGAAAUCGUGCAGAAUAAAAAGUACCAAACUGUCAAUGAAGGACUGUACAGACAGCUCAUCAUAGAGGAUGUGGGAUCCUCAGAUGAAGACACAUUUAUCUGUGAUGCUGAUGAUGAGAGCACCUCGUGCCAACUGUUUGUAGAGGAGCCGGCUAUCAGCAUUUUGAAAGGACUUCGUUCUGUGGAGGUCAUGGAACCUAAAGAAGCCCGUUUUAAAGUGGAAACCAGUAUUAAAUUAGUUAGGUCACCUAAAUGGACCCUGAAUGGGAGGCUACUAAUUCCUUGUCCAGAUAUCAAAAUUGAGAGAGAAGGAACCUCAAACAGACUUACUUUCACCAAAACCGACAGUAGUAUGUGUGGGACUGUGCAGUUCAUCUCAGGAAAGAGCAAGUCAGAAGCUCAGCUCACAGUUACAGAGCGCCCCUUGAUUGUCACAAAACCCAUUUCAGAUGUGGAGGUGAAAGAGAAUGGACAAGUUACUUUGAGCUGUGAAUUUUGUCCAUCCCCCAGAGUCGUACGCUGGUUCAAGGGAAGAACCCCUUUGUUCGCUUCAAAAAAGUACAUCAUGAAGCGGGAGAAAAACAGAGUUGGGAUGACCAUCCUGGGUGCGAAGGCAGCUGACUCAGGAGAGUAUCGUUGUCAGGCUGGUGGUUCAGAGACAAGAGGAAGAGUCAGUGUCGAAGUCAAAAGGUUGAAAAUCAUAAGACACCUGGAACAAGCAGAAGUUGAGGAGGAUGGGACUGCAGUGUUCAGCUGUGAAUUAAAUCACGAGUCUUCAUGUGUCCAAUGGCUUCUCAAUGAUAGAGUGCUACACACCAAUUACAUCAACAAAAUCCAGAAUUCUGGAAAGGUUUACAGUCUGAUUCUUAAACGACUUGCCCCUCAGGAGAGCCGUGUAACAUUCAAAGCCUUUGAUGUCAGUGAAUCUGCGUUCCUCAGGGUGAAAGAGAGACCCGCAGUGUUCCUCAGGUCAUUGGAGGAUGCAGCAGGUGAGGAGCGUGGUGAAGUUCAUCUGCAUUGUGAAGUUUCGAAGCAAUCUGUAACUCCUGUCUGGAGAAAAGAUGGUGAAGUUAUAAAUGCCAGUGAGAAGUAUGAGAUUCUCCAUGUGGGCAAGUCGUUGACUCUUAUAAUUCACAAGCUUAGAAAGGAUGACGGAGGAGAGUACACCUGUGAUAUCGGCUCCAGUCAAACCAAAGCUAAAGUCAGAGUUCGUGACCUGCAUAUUACCAUUGUCAAUCGCAUACGGACGACAACUGUGCUGGAAGGGGAAGACUGCAGUUUUCAUUGUGUCUUGUCCCAUGAUAUCAUUGAUGAAGCAAUGUGGCAUAUGAAUGGCCAACCGAUUGUAACUAAUGGGCGAAUCGUAGUUGCCAACAAGGGGCGUAAAUAUACAAUGAACAUACUGGAGGUGAUGAUAUCUGAUGCUGGGGAGGUGGUCUUUACCAUCAAAGAUCUCAGUUGCAGGACCAUGCUGUUUGUCAAAGAGAAGCCUGUAAGAGUCUUUAGAGAUAUGCUGAAUGUUAAAGCAACACCUGGCGAGGAUGCAGAGCUCAGCUGUGAGAUCACCAAACCGGAUGCAACAGUUAAAUGGUUGAAAAAUGGGCGCUUGAUUAGAGCUAGCCCAAAAUACGAAAUUACCCAGAAGGAUUAUCUGGUGAAGCUGAUCAUCCAUAAUGCAGUCAUAAUGGACUCAGGAGAGUAUUGCUGUGAGGCUGAUGGAAUCGCUACAAGGGCGAGGUUAGAUGUCAGAGACUUACAACACGCAUUUGCGAAGGAACUGAAGGAUUUACGUGCAGAGGAAAAGGGCAUGGUGACCAUGGAGUGUGAAACAAGGAAGCCUGCCACAACCGUGACCUGGUUUAAAGGCCUGAUGGUGUUAAGCUCUGGACAGAAGUACAUGAUGAAAAAGAAAGAUGUUAUUCUCUCUCUCACCAUCUUUAAUCUGGAGAAGAAUGACAGCGCUGUCUAUACCUGUGAUGUUGGGACAAUGCAGAGCAGAGCUUUACUGACAGUUCAUGGGCAAAAAGUAAUAAUUCUGGAUGAACUAGAAGAUAAAGAGUGUCUAGAAGGAGAUACCGUUGUCUUCAAAUGUCGUAUUUGCCCGAGCGACUACAUUGAUGUCAAAUGGUACCUGGAUGAGACCUUGCUGUACACUAAUGAUCUCAACGAGAUCACGAUGAUGCACAGUGGCUACCACACUCUUACCUUCAAGCAGCUUGCGCGUAAAGACACCGGCACCAUUUCAUUUGAGGCUGGGGACAAAAGAUCAUAUGCAUCACUGUUAGUUAGAGAGAGACGCCCCACUAUAACUAAAGCAUUGGAAGACACGGAAGCAAUAGAAGGAGGAAGUGUGAUGCUGUUAUGCAAGACCUCAAAGCCGUGUCACAUUGUAUGGUACAAGGAUAACUGUUUAAUCUGGCAUUCAUCAAAGUAUGUUGUGACUCGGACUGGAAAUGAGGCCAGGUUGACUAUUCACGAUGUGACGGACAGUGAUGCGGGGGUGUAUGAGUGUGACGUGAGAUCGGUCAGCACUAAAGCCACUGUAACUGUUAAAGCUAUCCCAGCUGAGUUUACAAAAUCACUUCAGAAUCAGGAGGUCAAGGAGGGAGAGAGCGUUACACUGACAUGUGAAUACUCUAUACCCGGUGUCCAUUUUGUGUGGCGCAAAGGACCCGAGACACUGAAGUCAAGUGAGAAGUAUCACAUGAAACAGAGGAAAUCGUGCAUCUCGCUUACAGUGCACAAUGUGAAGCCAGAAGACUCUGGGAAUUACACAUGCAUUUGCAGAGACCAAAAAACUAUGGCUACUGUUACAGUCAAUGCGGUUCCAAUUUCAUUCAUUAAAGAGCUCAAUAACCAAGAGACAGAAGAGGGUAAAAAUGUAACGUUACGCUGUGAGCUUUCUAAACCUGGGAUUCCAGUGUACUGGUUGAAAGAGGAGCAAACUCUCUGGCCUGAGGAGAAAUAUCAAAUGAGACACAUUGUUACAAUACUGGAGCUGAUAAUCAGAAAUCCAGUGCCUGAGGACAGUGGAACUUACUCCUGUGCUUGUCAGGAUCAGAGGACCACAGCUAUCAUCACAAUACGAGCUCAACCCAUCACAUUCAAACAGAAGUUAAGAAAUCAGAUGGCUGAGGAGGGAAACAGUAUUAUUUUACAUUGUGAGGUAUCAAAACCGGACACCUCUGUUGAGUGGAGAAAAGGGAAUAACUUACUCAAGUCUGGGGAGAAAUAUCAGAUCAGACAGAGGGGCUCUGUGUUAGAGCUCAAAAUCUUUAACUUGACGCAUGAAGAUAGUGGACUCUACAGCUGUACCUGUGGAAAUGCCCAGACAUCUGCCAACAUCACUGUUAGCGCUUAUCUUGUCACCUUCAAAGAGAAGCUAAAGAACUUGGUAGCUGAUGAAGGUAAGACAAUAACGUUGCAUUGUGAGCUUUCAAAAGCUGGUGUCCCUGUACAAUGGUGGAAUGGAGAUGAACUGCUCCAGCCUGGAGAAAAGUAUCAGAUGAAAGAAAGGGACGCAUCUGUUGAGCUUAUCAUCCGCGAGGCCACACCUGAAGACAGUGGAGUCUACAGAUGCAUCUGUGGAGACCAGAAGACCAAAGCUACAGUCAAAAUUGUUGGUGCUCCUGCAACUUUUAAGCAAAACCUCAAGAACCAAGAAGCUUCAGAAGGGCAAUCUUUGAUUUUACGAUGUGAGCUCUCCAAAGCUGGAGUACCUGUGGAAUGGUGGAGAGGAGAAAAACAACUACUUCCAGGGCUACGGUACCAGAUGAGGCUGGAUGGAAAGAAUGCUGAGUUGGAAAUAACUAGUGUUUUACCUGAAGAUACUGGGGUAUACAGCUGUGUUACUGGAGACCAGAAGACCACAGCUGAAGUGAAAAUCAAAGCUCUUCCAAUUACUUUCAAACGAGAGCUUCAAAACCAGGUGUCUACAGAGGGUAAGAGUGCAACAUUUGCCUGCGAGCUUUCAAAGCCUGGUGCUCCAGUUGAAUGGAGGAAGGGUAGAGUGAUUCUGAAACCUGGAGGCAAAUGUCAGAUGAAGCUUGAGGGACGAAUAACGAAAUUGGUGAUUAAUAACCUUGCAGAGGAUGAUGCAGGAAAUUAUACUUGCAAAACCAAAGAUUCACAAUCGACAGCCGAACUGAUGGUUCAAGGACUCCCUGCGACCUUCAAAGUAACUCUGAAGAACCAAGAAGCUCAGGAAGGGAACAGUGUCACUCUGCACUGUGAACUUUCCAAACCUGGAGUUCGAGUCGAAUGGUGGAAAGGAGAAGAAAUGCUCAAGACUGGGGAAAAAUACCAGCUAAGGCACAAAGAAGCAACAGUUGAAUUGUUAAUAAGGAAGGCACUACCAGAAGACAGUGGAGUUUAUCGCUGUAUAUGUGGAGAUGAAAAGACAGAAGCCACCAUCAAAGUUAAUGCACUUCCUAUCACAUUUAAACAAGAACUUCAAAAUCAAGAAGGUGAGGAAGGAACAAAUGUCACGUUGCGUUGUGAGCUCUCAAAGGCCAAUGCUGAUGUGAAGUGGUUCAAGGGAGUGGAACUUCUAAAGUCGGGAGAUAAGUAUCAGAUAAGACAAUUGGCAACUAAAGUGGAGCUUGUCAUCAGAAAAGCAGUACCUGAAGACAGUGGGGCCUACUCUUGUGAAUGCCCCCAUCAGACUUCCAAAGCCUUGGUUAGAAUUAAUGCUCUCCCAAUAACAUUCAAACAAAACCUGAGAAACCAGGAAGUGGUGGAGGGCAACACUGUUGCGCUGCGAUGUGAACUUUCCAAACCGGGUGCAACGGUUAACUGGUGGAGGUGUAAAAAGGAGCUGAUCCCGGGAGAGAAGUACCAGAUGAGAACUGAGGGAAGGAUUGCCGAAUUACUCAUCAAGAAUGUGAACCUGGAAGAUGUUGACUCAUACAGCUGCACCACUGGAAGUGAAAAGACAACAGCAGAGGUCAAAGUCAAGGCUUUGCCUGUUACCUUUAAACAAGAACUCCAAAAUGAAGUAGCAAAAGAAGGCGGGCAAGCAGUGUUUACUUGUGAGCUUUCUAAACCCAGCGCUCAAGUCGACUGGAGAAAAGGGAGAGUUAUACUCAAGCCCAAUGAGAAGUAUGAAAUGAAGCAAGAGGGAAGGUUUACUAAGCUUGUCAUACACAACGUAGAAGCUAGCGAUGCUGGGAACUAUUCAUGUAAAACUAAGGAUUCUGAGUCAACUUCUGAGUUAACUGUUAAGGUUCCACCCAUCACCUUCAAAGUGAAAUUGAAAAAUCAGGAACUUGAAGAAGAAAACGUGCUUGUGUUGCACUGUGAACUCUCAAAAGCUGGCUAUCCUGUUGAAUGGAGAAAAGGAGAAGAGCUUCUAAGACCUGGUUGUAAAUAUCAAUUCAGAGAAUAUGAUGCUACAAGGGAGCUGAUCAUCAUUAAAGCGAUGCCCGAAGACAGUGGAGUCUACACUUGUACUUGUGGGGAACAGAAGACCAAAGCCACAAUUAAAGUGUUUGCCACGCCAGUAACAUUUAAACAGAACCUGAAGAACCAGGAGGCUCCAGAAGGAGGUCUAGUUGUUCUGCAUUGUGAGCUGUCCAAAGCUGGAGUGCCGGUAACAUGGUGGAGAGGAGAUGAGGAAGUCAGCAAUGGAAGUAAAUUCCAGAUCAAGCAGGAAGGAUUGGUUGCCGAGCUGUACAUUAAGAACAUCCUUCCUAUGGAUGUUGGGGAAUACAGCUGCAUUAUUGGAGACCAGAAGACCACAGCUGAAGUCAAUGUUAGGGCGGCUGCCUCUGUGUUCUUUGAGAAAGAACUUGAAAGUCAGGAAGCAGUAGAGGGGGAUUCAGUCCUGUUUAGUUGUUUGCUGUCUAACUCAAAUGCUCCAGUGACCUGGAGAAAAGAUGCAAAGCAGAUUGUGCAGGGUGGGCGAUACACCCUACACCAUAAAGGUUCCACUCAGGAGCUUGAAAUCAGGAAACUCAGAGUGGAAGAUGCUGGCGUAUACACGUGCAGCGUCAGAGGCAAAAAGACCUCUGCAAACCUUAAGGUGAUGGAACGUGUGAGGAUUGUGAAAGGGCUACGUGACUUGACGGUUACUGCUGGCGAGAACGCUCAAUUUGUAUGUGAAUUAUCACAUGAAAAUGUCCUUGAUGGAGUUUGGUGGCUUGGUUCCACUGUAUUGCAGGAGAACGAGAUGAAUCAAAUGAGUAUCUCUGGCCGAGAACACCACCUUGUGCUCACUAUGACUACACCUGAGGAGUCAGGUGUGGUGUCUUUUGUGGUGGGAAAUGAACAGACAUCUGCUCGUCUGCGGGUGAACAGCAAACCAAAAGUUUUCAUAGAGGAGAAACUGAAAGACAUGACUAUUUUUGUGGGUGAUUCUGCCACCUUGACCUGUGUGACCUCUGACUCCCGUACGCCUGUAACCUGGAAACGAAAUAAUGUGACCCUGCUACCUGGAGAGAAGUAUGAACCUCUAAAAGAAGGGAAACGCAAUCUUCUUCUGAUUCACAAAGUCAGAAAAGAGGAUGCUGGGAUUUACAUGUGCGAUACAGGAGACAUGCAGAGUAGUGCUACGCUAACGGUUAAAGAACGUCCUAUAUUUUUCCGUGGGGAGCUUCAAAACCAAGAAGCUGAAGAAGGGGAGAUUGCGUUCUUGAGGUGUGAGUUGUCUCAACCUGGAGUCGCGGUUGAGUGGAAGAAGGGAACCGUCCUGCUUCAGCCUGGGAACAAAUAUGAGAUGAAGCAGGAUGGAUGUGAGCUACAGCUACAGAUCAAUGAUCUCACAAGUCAGGACAGUGGGGCCUACCGGUGUUGUGCUGAUGGCAUUGAGACCAGGGCUAGCAUUACUGUAAAGGAACAUCCUUUGUUUUUCCAUGAGGAGCUCCAAAAUCAAGAAGCGGAGGAAGGUGAAACGGCCUUCCUGUGCUGUGAGCUCUCUAAACCUGGAGUGUCAGUACAGUGGAAGAAGGGGGCAAUGGUGCUGAAGCAUGGAAGGAAAUAUAAGAUGAUGCAAGAGGGCAAUGAUCUACAGCUUCAGAUCUAUGACCUUACAAGUCAAGACAGUGGCAUCUACAGAUGCUGUGCUGGCAGCCUGGAAACACGGGCUAAUGUUUUAGUGAAAGAGCAACCUCUUUUCUUCUGUGAGGACCUCCAUAACCAAGAGGCAGAAGAAGGUGAGACGGCCUUCCUGUGCUGUGAGCUCUCUAAACCUGGAUUUGAGGUGCAGUGGAAGAAGGGGGCAAUAAGACUGAGACCAGGAAACAAAUAUGAGAUGAAACAAGAUGGCUGCAAAGCACAGCUCCAGAUCCAUGACCUGACAAGUCAAGAUAGUGGCACAUACAAGUGCUGCUCUGGAAGCGUGUUUACAACGGCAACUAUUGUGGUCAAAGAACAACCACUGUACUUCUGCAAGAAGCUUGAAUGUCAAGAAGCAGAAGAAGGGGAGACUGUAGUUUUUUACUGUGAGCUUUCUAAACCAGCAUCUGGUGUACAAUGGAAGAAAGGAGCAGUGCUGCUGAAGUCUGGAAGAAAAUAUGAAAUAAAUCAGAAUGGUGGUGAACUGCAGCUUCACAUACAUGAGCUCACAAGUCAAGACAGUGGUGUUUACACGUGCUGUGCUGGUGCCCUCGUGACCUCAGCGUCUCUGGAAGUGAAAGAACAACCUCUUUAUUUCUCGGAGGAGCUUCAAAGGCAAGAAGUAGAAGAAGGUGAGACUGCCACCCUGCGCUGUGAGCUCUCCAAAACUGGAGUUGCAAUUCAGUGGAGAAAGGGAACACUGUUGCUUAGGCCAGGAAGCAAAUACGAGAUGAAGCAAGAUGGCUGUAAAUGUUUGCUUCUUAUACACGAUUUGAACAGUCAGGACAGUGGCUCCUACAAAUGUUGUGCUGGUAGCUUGGUGACCACCGCUUCUCUUGAGGUGAAGGAACCACCCAUUUUCUUCAGAGAGGAGCUUCAAAGUCAAGAGGGAAAAGAAGGAGAAACAGCCACCCUGACCUGUGAGCUUUCAAAACCUGGAGUUGCGGUGCAAUGGAAGAAAGGCAUGGUUCUGUUAAAUCCAGGAAAAAAAUAUGAGAUGUCACAAAAUGGCUGUCUACUGCAACUCCACAUACGUGAGCUGAAAAGUGAAGAUACUGGCUCUUAUAAAUGUUGUGCGGGUAGCUUGGUGACAACUGCUUCUUUUGUGGUGAAAGAGCAACCUUUAUACUUCUGUAAGAAUCUUCAAAGUCUUGAAGCAGAAGAAGGUGAGACGGCCUUAUUUAACUGUGAGCUCUCAAAGCCUGGAGUUACUGUGCAGUGGAGGAAAGGAACAGAGUUGCUCAGUCCAGGAAACAAGUAUGAGAUGAAACAGGACGGCUGUAUACAACAACUUCAGAUACGUGACCUGAAAGGUAUAGAUUCUGGCUCCUAUAAGUGCAUUGCAGGUAGACAGGUGACAACUGCUUCUCUGUUGGUAAAGGAAGAACCAUUGUUCUUCUCAAAGGAGCUCAAAAACCAAGAAGCAGAGUUGGGUAAGACAGCCAUAUUGUGCUGUGAGCUCUCGAAACCUGAAACUUCGGUGGAGUGGAAGAAAGGAGCAGUGGUUUUGAAGCCUGGUAAGAAGUAUAAGAUGAAGCAAUACGGGUGUGAAAUACAGCUUCACAUAUAUGAGCUAACAGCAGAGGACAGUGGGACCUACAAAUGUUGUGCUGGAAGUCUGGUCACCACUAGCUCCAUUAAGGUGAAAGAACAACCUUUAAUGUUCUGCAAGAACCUUCAAAAUCUUGAAGCAGAAGAAGGUGAGACGGCCAUCCUGUCCUGUGAGCUCUCAAAAUCUGGAGUUGCUGUUCAGUGGAAGAAAGGAACAUCACUGCUAAGUACAGGAAACAAAUACGAGAUGAAACAAGAUGGAUGCGUACUACAACUCUGGAUACGUGAUGUAAAAAGUCAAGAUGGUGGCUCUUAUAAGUGUUGUGCAGGUAGUCUUGUAACAACUGCUACUCUUGUGGUAAAGGAACAACCCUUUGUCUUUUCUAAAGAGCUUCAAAAUCAAGAAGUAGAAGAGGGUAAGAUGGCUAUCUUGCAAUGUGAGCUCUCUAAACCUGUAACGUCUGUGCAAUGGAAGAAAGGAUCACUAGUGCUAAAGCCUAGUAAGAAAUAUGAGAUGAAGCAAAAUGGUUGUCAGCUACAGCUUCAGAUACAUGAGCUAACAGCACAGGACAGUGGGACCUACAAGUGUUGUGCUGGGUGCCUAGUUACUACUGGCUCUGUUAUGGUGAAAGAGCAACCUUUAUUCUUCUGUAAGAAUCUUCAAAAUCUUGAAGCAAAAGAAGGUGAAACGGCUUUCUUAAGCUGUGAGCUCUCAAAACCAGGAGUUGCUGUGCAGUGGAGAAAAGGAACCAUGUUGCUAAACCCAGGAAACAAGUAUGAGAUAAAACAGGAUGGCUGUGUACAACGACUUCAGAUACAUGACCUGAAAGGUAUAGAUUCUGGCACCUAUAAAUGCUCUGCAGGAAGCUUGGUGACAACUGCUUCUCUCGUGGUAAAAGAAAAUCCUUUAUUCUUUUCUGAGGAGCUUCAAAACCAAGAAGUUGAAGAAGGUAAGACAACCAUAUUGUGCUGUGAGCUCUCGAAACCUGGAACGUCUGUGCAGUGGAUGAAAGGAACAGUCUUGCUGAAGCCUGGUAAGAAAUAUGAGAUGAAGCAGGAUAGCCACAAACUGCAGCUUCUGAUUCAUGAGCUGACAGCCCAUGACAGUGGGACUUACAAAUGUUGUGCUGGAAGUCUGGCUACUACUGGCUCCAUUAAGGUGAAAGAGCAUCCUUUAUUCUUCUGCAAGAACCUUCAAGACCUUGAAGCAGAGGAAGGGGAGACAGCUCUCUUGAUCUGUGAACUUUCAAAACCCGGAGUUGCUGUGCAGUGGAAAAAAGGAAUGGUGUUGUUAAAGCCUGGAAGCAAGUAUGAAAUAAAACAGGAUGGCUUGAAAUUGCACCUUCAAAUCCAUGACCUAAAAUGUCAGGACAGUGGUGUCUACAAAUGCUGUGUUGGCAGGAUAGAGACCACAGCUUCUGUUAUUAUAAAAGCUUCUACUAGAACUAAAGACAUCCCUCAAAUCCCACCAAGAUCAAAAGGAAAAAAUGCUCAACUAAGUGUUAUUGUUGAAGAAACAGACAGUAGUCUAGUGGACAAUAAACAGGCUGUGGUCAUUCAAGCACCGGACAAGAGUACCCCAGCUAUUAAAUUCCAGGAAACAGCAGAAGAACAGGAGGUUAAGAAGAUAUCAUUGGAUAGUCAAAAUGGAAAAGAUGAGGGUCCCGGAAUGCCUCAAGUUAUAAACGAGCUUAGUCAUACAGAAGAAGAACCUGGAAUUCCUUCUUGUACCUAUGAAACUGGAAGAGAAGGAAAAAAUAAGGGGGACAGGGAUUCAAAUCAGUUUGAAGCUAAAAUUCCUUUAAAGCAGUACAAUAAAGGGAUCACAGAACAAGUUCAGAAUAAAACUCCAAGUAUAGAUACAAAAGAACUCAAAGACAAUCAACUACCUACAGACCUUCCCCAGCCUCCACCACGCUCAAAGAGUAAAGGCUUAAGUGUUUCACCUCAAGACCAGUCCAGUAUUUUUGAAGAGAAAAACCAGAGCAUUGUCAAACAGCCUAGUUUGGACGGCAAACAAGGAGUGGUCAAGAUGCCAGCUGUGGAGACCACAAAAGCAUCAGAACAUGUUGUCCUAACACCAUCUUACCUCAAAGAGAUGGUCUCUCAACCUUCUGUUGAAUCCAAAGGAAAACCCUUUGCCUUAGAAGCAAAGAACCAGGGUAUGAAUUUAAAACAAACUGCAGAUACUACUUUGACGAUAUCAGAAUUUAAGGACCUUGUUCCACCCCUCCCCAAAGAGAAGGCCACCCAACAAAACAAUGUAUUUGAAGAACAACCAUGUGCUUUUAAGGAAAAUAAUCAGAAAGUUGGUUUGGAAUCAGGUGAAUCAAGGAAAGAAAUUUUGCUCACAGAGCCAGUUGUGGACACAAUCUCCAAGGCAUUAGAGGAUAAUGAAAUUCACAUUUGUGACAACAAAAAGAAGGAUCAGAAAAAGCAAUUCUUGGACAGAAAUGUAACGUAUGAGAAACUUAAUGUCCAUUUCGAAAAGGCUCCAGAAAUUGGUAAGGUUCAAUCUAUAGAUGUAAAUCAAGGAGAAGUGUUGAAAGAUGGUACAGAAAAAGCACCAAGUGCUGUUCCAACCAGUCAGAAAUGCAAAGAACAAAUCAUUCCUGCAGAAAAAGCUAAAACAAUGGCCUUUUGGGAAGUACAUAGGGAAUCACAGGAAGUCACUAAAGAUCAUAAAGAAGAUGAAAAGGUCCUGGAAAAGGAUAUUUCUGGAGUACCUGUGACUCAGCCACAGCAGAAGAACUUACAACACAUGGCAAGCGGGGAUCAGAAGAACGUUAAGCAGGUCGUCCUGGAAAAAGAUAGUUUUGGAGGAUUUAUGACUCAACCACAGGAGAAGAACUUACAAAGCAUGACCAGCAAAGAUCAGAAGAAUGUUAAGCAAGUCGUCCUGGAAAAAGAUAGUUUUGGAGGAUCUAUGACUCAACCACAGGAGAAGAACAUACAACACAUGACCAGCAAAGAUCAGAAGAAUGUUAAGCAGGUCGUCCUGGAAAAAGAUAGUUUUGAAAGAUCUAUUACUCAACCACAGGAGAAGAACUUACAAAGCAUGGCCAGCAAAGAUCAGAAGAAGGUGAAGCAGGUUGUCUUUGAAAAAAAUAUUUCUGGAGGAUAUAUGACUCAACCACAGGAGAAGAACUUACAACACAUGGCCAGCGGAGAUCAGAAGAAUGUUAAGCAGGUCGCCCUGGAAAAAGAUAGUUUUGCAGGAUCUAUUACUCAAACACAGGAGAAGAUCUUAGAAAACACGGCCAGCGGAGAUCCGAUAAACAUGAAGCAGGUCGUCCUGGAAAAAUAUAUUUCUGGAGGAUCUAUGACUCAACCACAAGAAAAGAACUUACAAAGCAUGGCCAGCAAAGAUGAGAAGAAUGUUAAGCAGGUCGUCCUGGAAAAAUAUAUUUCUGGAGGAUCUAUGCCUCAACCAAAGGAGAAGAACUUACAAAGCAUGACCAGCAAAGAUCAGAAGAAUUUAAAGCAGGUCGUCCUGAAAGAAGAUAUUUCUGGAGGAUCUAUUACCCAACCACAGGAGAAGAACUUAAAACACAUAAUCAGUGAGGAUCAGAAAAAUGUUAAGCAGGUCGUCCUGCAAGAAGAUAUUUCUGGAGGAUCUAUGACUCAACCACAGGACAAGAAGAUAGAGCACAUCACGAAACAUGCCCAAAGUGCGGACGCCAACGGGAAUUCCCAGGUAGAACAAAGUAGUUUGGAAAGUCCUGGUAAAGAAUUUGAACUUGAUGAUGAGCCAGAGGUGCUUGAGGCUGCCAUUAAAAUUCAAGCUGCUUUCAAGGGCUACAAAACCCGAAAGGAUAUGCGUCUUGUGUUCAAGGAAGUGUUCAAAAACCAGAAUAUCGAAGUUGGUGGCACAGCAUUGCUAGAGUGUCUCGUGGAAGGUAAAAUUAGCACUUUGCGCUGGCUUAAAGAUGGCAUAGAUCUCAAACCUGGAAAAAGGUUCAGAAUCACCCAAAAUGAGGAGGGCAGGUGUCUUCUAACAGUUUGUAAUGUCACAACUAAAGAUGCUGGAAUCUACACAUGCGAAGUUGCAAACAAGUUUGGAAAUAUUAGUUACAAUGGGAAUGUGAUAGUGACCAUUCCUCAGAAGCCACUUGAGAAGUUGCAGGCCACGCAAAUGCCAGGUAAAGAAGUCAUCUCUGGGAAAGAGUCUCAGCAGAUCUUAAACCAGGAGGAUAAGUCAUUGAGACUUGCCUAUGAUUUACCAGCAGAUGACACUUAUAGCAAGAUCCAGGAUAAGAGGAGGAGUCUAAUUUCAGUCAGCUCUGUAUCCUGUCACUCAGAUUAUGACACAGCCCCUGAUGCUGAGACAGAAUAUAUAACUUGGGGAAAAGAGGCAGACAAGUUCAAAUCAAAGGGUCCAACUACUUCUGAAAUACCAAAAAGUGUUUGUUCACCACCACCAAAGAAUACAGGUCAGCUGAAAGUCAAAGGUGCCAGCUCGCAGAGUCAAGCUGCUUCACCCAAACGUAUCCAUUCAUACAAGUCCUCUGCAAACAUAGAGUCAUUCUCUGAGUCAGAUGGAGAUGAAGAGGGAGGAGAGACAUUCGAUAUUUAUGUGGCCAAAACGGAUUGCCAUCCUAUGAGAGGAAACAAAGAGCCGUUUGUGCUAAAGGAAGGUCAGUUUGUGGAGGUCCUGGACUCGGCCCAUCCUGUAAGGUGGCUUGUUCGUACAAAGCCAACUAAGAUCACACCAUCACGUCAGGGCUGGGUGUCUCCCGCGUACCUAGAGAAGAAGACAAAGGAAAUCUUUUUACUGGCCAAUGAAGAGGACACAAAAGAUUCUGCUGAGAAAGGCAAAAAGAUAUUCACAAAGGAUGAGCACAGCUUGAUUCAAGGUCAGUUGAUCAGGGGACUGCUUAACGGUGAGAUCGAUUUUGUGCGAGAGAUCAACUUCUUUGUGGAGCACCAUUUGGAGUACUUAGAGAUGAGCUCUCAAGUUCCUCUUACCAUCCUCAGUCAAAAGGAAUACAUAUUCCGCAACAUUAGGGAAAUCGCAAGCCUCCAUGAAUGCUGUAUCCUCCCCAAGCUGGAAAUGUGCUUCACUGAUGAUGAUGUAGCCCAGUGUUUCAUCAGUUAUGCCACAGACUUUGAUAUGUACCUCCAGUACAUCACAGGCCUUCCCCAGGCUGAGGCCUGCAUCUCAGACAAAAACACACAGUAUUUCUUUAAGCAAUAUGCAAACACUGAGUUGACUCAUCUGGAUACCCGGGUCCUCAGUGUAAACACCUAUCUACAGAGACCACUGGAGAGAAUUCAAACUUACAAGAAUGUACUUAAGGAGCUGAUCAGGAACAAAGCAAAGAGCGGCCAGAGUUGUUGCCUUUUGGAAGAUGCCUUUGCCAUGAUUUCCAGCUUGUCUUGGCGUGCAGAGAAUUUGCAUCAUCUGUCCAUGAUUGAAAAUUACCCAGCACCUCUUAAGGGGCUCGGAGAACCCAUUAGACAGGGCCAUUUUACAGUAUGGGAAGAACUUCCUGAAGUCAAAAGCUCUCAGCGAGGACAUCACCGUCAUGUCUUCCUCUUUAAAGACUGCAUUGUCCUCUGCAAGCCGAAGAGAGAACUUGGCUUAUACACCGAAGCCUACUUAUUCAAGAACAAAAUGAAGUUAAGUGAUGUUGAUGUAAAGGAUACAGUGGAAGGCAAUGACAGAUCAUUUAUUCUGUGUCAUGAGCAUCGGGGAAUGGUGAGAAAGAUUGUUCUGCAGACUCGAACCGUUCUCCUCUGCCUCUCCUGGCUUAAAGAUCUGAGAGAUCUACAGCAGCGUGCCAGACAACAUGCUUGGAGUGCUCCUUGCUUUCAGCAGCAUCUUAUUGAUUUCUCAGCGAAACUUGGGCAAACUGUCAAACUUUCUUGCAAGAUCAUUGGGACACCUAGACCAGUAAUAAAGUGGUUUAAAGAUGGUUAUGCUGUGAAGGAUGACCAACAUCACAUUACAUCAGAAGGACAGUUGGGUGCCUGUUAUCUUGUACUGACUGGGGUCACAGUGGCAGACUCGGGUCAAUACAUGUGUUAUGCAACCAGUCUUGCAGGCAACGCAAGCAGUCUGGCUAACGUCAUGAUCGAUGUUCCUCCAAGCUUCAGAACCAGACUACAGAACACACAGCUUGUGAAGGGCCAGGAUGUGCAGUUCAAGUGCUCCACAAAAUCAACUCCUUUCCCAUCAGUAAGGUGGUUUAGGGAUGGCAUUGAGCUUGAAAAUAACGAGAAGCAUCAGAUUCAGUCCGACGUGCAAACGGGGAGUCUUACCCUUACUAUAAAGAGAGCUGAAGAGUCAGAUUUGGGUCAAUAUCAGUGUGAGCUUCUUAAUGAAGUUGGAAGUGCCAAGUGUAAAGCUGAGCUUUGUUCUUCAACCCCCUCAAUGGUUACACCCAGCACCCAAAACCAAACACAAACUUCCCCUCAUUCAGAGCCCCAAUCAGAAGGUUGGUCCAGUUCCUUUGUGAAGAACCUGUUCAGUAUACUCUUUCAACCUGCAUACCCUGAUCCACCUGCUGCCGAUGUUGGAGAAGCACACACUGUUGAACAACAGCAUGAUGCAGAGCAACAGAUACAGACUGAAGAGCGAUCCAUGUGCCAUGAGGAAUCGCAUAUCUAUUCAGACACUGAGGAAGACAUGCUAACAGAACCUCCUGCUGUUCAGGUUGCCACAGAAGACUUAACCGUCCGGCCCGGUCAGCCAGCGACAUUCACUGCCAUUAUUACUGGCCAGCCUAUCCCAGAGAUUAAGUGGGUUAAGGAUGGCCGGGAAAUCUCAGCCAAUGAGCACACAGAGAUAGUCCACAGUAAUGCACGAUGCUCUCUUACUUUGCUGGACACUUGCACAGAGGAUUGCGGUACCUACACCUGCUUAGCCAGCAACAGUUUUGGACAAACCUCUUGCCAUGCCAAACUCACUGUUGAUGCAGGUCCUGAAGACAUUGAGGAGGACAAAGAGGCAAAGUUAGCAAAAAGGCGAAAACUGCACUGUGUAUAUGAUGUCUAUGAAGAAAUAGGAAGGGGCACCUUCGGGGUGGUUAAAAAAGUCAUACACAGGGCGAGUGGUGAGUGCUUUGCUGCGAAGUUCCUUCCCCUCAGAAGCAACACGAGGACCAGAGCUUUCCAGGAGAGAGAUCUACUGUCUCGUCUGGCUCACCGGAGACUCGCGUGUCUCCUGGACUUCUUCUCCACACGACGCACACUGGUGUUGGUUAUUGAAUUAUGUUCUACACAGGGGUUAUUAGACCAUCUGUAUUUAAAAGGAUCGGUUACAGAGAGGGAGGUCCAGUUAUAUAUUCAGCAGAUUCUGGAAGGUAUUGGAUACAUACACAGUAUGAACAUCUUGCAUCUGGAUAUCAAAACGGACAAUAUUCUAAUGGUUUCCUCAGAAAAAGAAGACAUCAAAAUUUGCGACUUUGGCUUUUGUCAAGAGAUCGACAGUUCCAGACACCAGUACAGCAAGUUUGGGACACCUGAAUUUGUUGCUCCAGAGAUUGUCCACCAAGAACCUGUUACAGUAGCCACUGAUAUCUGGUCUCUUGGUGUUAUUGCUUACCUAUGCUUAACCUGCCACUGCCCUUUCUUUGGGGAGAAUGACCGUGACACGCUUAUGAAGGUAGCCGAGGGCCUGUUGUAUUGGGACACACCUGAGAUCAUAAGCAGAAGUGUGGAGGCACAGGACUUUUUACACAGGGUUUUACAACCAGAUCCAGAAAUGAGACCGUCUGCAUCCGACUGUUUGACUCACGAGUGGUUUCAAGGUCAUUAUGAGGAUGAGGAGCCAGAAGACAUCAAUACAAAAAAUUUAAGAUCUUUUAUUUCAAGAAGAAAAUGGCAGCGUUCUUUGACAUGUCUUGGCUCUGUUCUGACGUUGAGACCGAUCCCAGAGCUGUUGGAAGCCCCCAUCCGUGACGUUUCAAUUACAACCACAAGGGAGACCCAUGAACCCAGCAGCACUUCCCUAAGUAGUGGAUCCUCCUCAGAGUAUGAUGAAGCAGAUGCCUGGGACUUCUUCCAGCAGGCCAGCCAAGACGAAGAAGAUGAUUUGGAGGAAGAUGACGAAUACAACCCAUAUGCCUAUGUGUUGAAGAGGCCUGCAUCUCAAGGACAAGAUGAGGAAGAUUUGCUUGAAAGAGGCCCACUGGUGAUUCCCAUGUCAAGAGGGCUCACGCCAGAGCCAGUCCGUUUGGAGCGGAGGGACAGCAGUCCUUCACAAAACAUUUCUGAGGAAGAAGAGGGAUUGGCUGGUGGUCAACCCAUACCACGUCGUAGCCUGAUCAAAAGCACCUUCUACUGCAGCUCUGAGCAGCUCUCUCCCAUGUCUGCUCGUCACAUGAUGCGUCGGGAUAAAACCCAAGCCAGAAAGCAAGAGCGUGGCCGCAAGCCCCUACGUGCCAGCCUCUCUGGCAGGCUAAAUGAACCACUCAUAGAGUAUGUGGAAGAUUCCCCUGACAUGGAAGCUAAGAGAAAAGCAUCAAUGUAUUCGUCAAUGCUCAAGUCAAGCUCAUUUGAUAGCGGAGUGACCGUUGCCCAUCCAAACACGCACAUGCAGAGAAGAAGCAGAUCAUUAGAUGUGUACACACAACGCUGUCCAGCUUCAACUGAGCUUGGGGUGCAAGGAGAAGAAGAUGAUGAUGUUGAAUAUAGCCAAAAACAAGAUGAAGUCACUGAUGAAGAAGAAAAAACCCAAGAAGUUCAAGUGAGAAGGAAACUUUCAGCGGUUUCUUCAAGGAAGAGCCCAAUUAUGGCAAAGACAAGAGCGCAGGUCAAUGAGCCUGUUGAAGAACCAAACAAAGAGUCAAGUGUGGAUGACAGCCAACCAGCGACCAAAGAAGCAAAACAUUGGGGUGAUAGAGAGAGCGUCUCGCUUGACCGUGGCUCAGAGGCAUCUAGCAGACCAGGCUCCUAUGAAGAACUCUCCCACAGCCAAUAUGAUGAGAUCUUGAUCGCUGGAUCUUCUGGAAAGACCUCUCCAUGCUCUCUCCUACAGGACUCUGAGGAUGAGGACAUGGAAAGAAUUCUGAGAUCUCUUCGCCAAGACCUCCCACAAGCCCCACCACGACAGCGCACCCACAGUUCGAGCUCUGGAUUAAAUGAGAUGCGCACUAAUAAAAGAAAUCUCCCUCUGAGAAGAAGCUCCUCAGCGGUAGCAGAAAGAGAGAACAAAGAGGUUCUUCAAAGACACGCCUCUGCACCAGCUCUACAAGCCAAACCACCUAAGUCUUCUAAGCCUGGAUUUAUGAAGAUCUUCCGGAAACACUCAUGGGCGAGCCAUUCUUCUCCCCAGCUGGAAGGCUCAGAAAAGAAACAAGCAGAGGGAGCAACAUCUCAUCCCAGGUCUCCUCUACUAACCCUGAAAAAGAAGAUGCGAUCGUCUGCCUCCAGCAUUACAAAGCUGUUCGGCCGACAGUCAAGCAAAGAAGAUGCGGAGAAGAAGAAAGGUGGACCAAUUGUGAAGAACACCUCUCCUGGAAUGCAAAUGACUUCCAGUCUUGCCACAACACCAACCACCUCACCUGAAAGUCCUCAGAAAAAGUCCAAAUUGUUCAGCCUAAAAGUGCCACUGUUUAAGAAAUCCAAAGAAAGUCCAGGCAGACUGUCUAGGCCAGAUGUCGUUCAGCUAGCAGGAGGAGGAGCUCUUGUUUUCUGGAAACCAGUGCCGUCCAAUGAGCUCAUGACAUAUUGCAUUCAGUAUAGUGCAAAUGGUGGGGAGUGGAGAAACUUGUCUGAGAAUGUUACAGACAGUUGUUAUACAGCUAAUGCCCUUCCAAAAGGACCAGGAUAUGUAUUCAGAGUGUCCUGUAUCACCAAGACGGGGUUGGCCCCUUUUAGUGAUCCUUCCCCCCCAGCGUUUAUGGCCACCCCUUAUGAAGACUCGCAUAUUCCUCUCAUUCAGAUGGGAUCCUUAGGGUCAAAAAUCACUGUACCUGGAGGUUUUGGCACAGAAAAGUCUUACAGCUUUCUUUCGGAAAUCAACAGAGGCCGUUUUAGCAUUGUAACUCAAUGUGAGGACAGCCGCAGCUCCCAGAUGUUUGCUGCUAAGAUGACACCCUACAGAGCAGAGCAGAGGCAACUGGUUUUAAGGGAAUAUCAGCUGCUUCGCCGGCUAAGCCACCCGCAUCUUGUUCAGCUGCAUUCGGCCGUUCUUACCCCUACCUGCCUGGUGCUUAUAGAGGAACUGUGCUCGGGACGAGAGCUUCUUUAUAACCUUGCUGAAAGGGACCUGUAUGGAGAAUUGAAUGUGACCGACCUGCUAGAGCAGAUUCUCAGCGCUGUGGAUUAUCUGCACAGUCGUCGCAUUGUACACCUGGAUCUCAAGUCGGACAACAUGUUGGUGUCGGGCCAAAAAGUGAAGAUUGUGGACUUGGGUUCUGCUCAACAAUUCAUUCGAGGACAGGCGCUGAAUAUUGAGCACAUAAAAGAAAUAACAGAUAACAAAGGGUAUAUUGUUCUUCCUAAAGCUCCUGAGAUCUUGGAAGGACAAGGCGUUGGACCGGAGACUGAUAUCUGGGCUAUUGGGGUUUUGGCUUUUAUAAUGUUGAGUGCAGACAACCCCUUCCAUGCUGAUUUAAAUUGGGAAAGGGAUCGGAACAUUAAAAAAGGGAAGAUCCAGUUGAGUCGCUGUUAUCCAGGCCUGUCAGAGGGGGCCAUCAACUUCAUGAAGAACACAAUGAGCAACAAAGCCUGGGCAAGACCAACAGCGGCAGAGUGCCUCCAAAACCCAUGGAUACACGGAGAGCUUCCUGCCCCCAAACAUGGCACAUCUGUGGUCUGCUUCUCAACAGACAAGCUGAAGGCCUAUCUCAGGGAAAGAGAGGUCAAGCGAGACCACGUCCGCACAAAAAUUAAACUACCACUUUCAUAGUGCAGAUGAAUGUUAAAGGAGACAUUUCACAAGACUUUAUUAAGAUGUCAAAUAAAUCUUUGGUGUCCUCUUAGUACAUAUGUGAAGUUUUCGCUCAAAAUACCAUAUAGAUAAUUAAUUAUAACAUGUUAAAAUUGCCACUUUUUAGGUGUGAGCAAAAAUGUACCGCAAAUGAGCUGAUCUCUGCACCAAAUGGAAGUGCUGUGGUUGGAUAGUGCAGAUUAAGAGGCGGUAUUAUCCCCUUCUGACAUCACAAGGGGAGCCAAAUUUCAAUGACCUAUUUUUUCAUAUGCUUGCAGAGAAUGAUUUACCAAAACUAAGUUACUGGGUUGAUCUUUUUCACAUUUUCUAGGCAGAAUUCUAGCACUUAAACAUGAGAAAAGUUUUUCAUGAUAUGUCUCCUUUAAGAAUAUAUUCGGGUGUUUAGAAUUAGGUGUGAAACUGUGAAAAUGCUUUUUGUGUAGUUGUGUGCUUUCUAAAUCAGAGUUCAGUUUAUUUUUGUGCUGCUCUCCGACAUGGAAAAAAGAUUAUGUUGAACAUUGCUUUAUUUUUUUUCUUUAAAUGUAACAUGUUUCAUGAUGUAGUUAUACAUGCAUGACUGUGAUUAUUGCAGUGUAAACAUUCAAGUAGUGACAAUACUAACAAUCAUGUAUUACAUUAGGCAUGGCUAUGUACACAGUAGUUGGUAAUAUGUUUAUGGGAUGUGAAUUUUACAUAAAAGUGAUAAUACACAUUUAUUUGAUUAUUUUACGUAAUUUAUUGAAAAGACUCAAUAACAUUUCAACGAUUUAAACGCAGUCCAUCAUCUCUCAUAUAUGUGUGAUACUGUUAUAAGACAAUAAAAAUAUAACAAGCCAUAUUUAGAAUGUGUUAUUACAUUUUUCAAAUGUUAAUUAAAACACUACUUUGUCGGGGACUAUUUUCUGUGGUAUUUAUAUAAUUUAAGUGUACACAAAGUGUGUUUUAACCUACGAUGGGGUCAAAUAUGGAUAUUUUUUGGUUUAAACCAGCAGCUGGGGGUGUCCAUAUUUUACCAACCAUAGGUUGAACAACCCAGCAUUUUUAGAGCGUAUUUUUAAUAAAAAAAUAUCAAUUGAGUAUUUUUCUUGUGUUUAUGAUUGUAUAAGAUUAUUUUUAAUUGGCUUUUUGGUUUGUUUGUUUUG